AUCAUUGGUGGUGAAUCACAGGAAAAUACACAACUCCUAGACACAGCUAGGAGCUCGGAUGACUCCGAGGAAUCGAGUUACAUAGUCGUUGAUUCAGAUAAGUUUUAAUCGUCGUAACAAACAGAAAUGCAAAUGAUUAAAAAAUUUCGAGGCAGUCCAUUUCAGUGUGAAGGAACUCGGUCGGUAGGGAAAUCGUAAAUAACUGGAAUAAAGCUUUGUAUUCAUUUCUAAAACUUCACGAAGGGGAUGGACCCUUGUAAGCCAGAGCUGAUUGUAGUUACAGGGUUUGGUCCAUUCCGGCAAUACUUGGUGAAUCCAAGUUGGGAAGCAGUUAAGGGUUUAAAGAGAAUGGGCUUUGGAGCCAACAUUGAGAUUCACACUGUAGAAAUUCCUGUGUGUUACUCAAAAGCUCAACAAGCUAUUGUUGAAAUAUGGCACAAUCUGAAACCAAAGGUUGCUAUCCAUGUGGGCAUAGCCUCAGGAACCAAUUCCAUUAUUCUGGAACAGACAGGCAAAAACACUGGCUAUAAGGACAGAGAUGUGCGUGGCAUCUGCCCAGCCGAUAACUGUUGUAUUCAAGGAGGAGCAGAACGUUUGGACUCCAUUAUAGACAUGAGGUCAAUUUCCAAGCGCUUGAAAGAGCUUGGACUGGAUGUGAUCUACUCUAGGGAUGCUGGAAGGUACCUGUGUGAUUUUGUACACUACCUCUCCCUCCAUUAUGGGCAGAGGAGAGCAGCACUCAUCCAUGUGCCUGCCUGUGGCAGUCUGGCAAGCCCAGGAAAACUGGUGCCUCAGCUCCAGACCAUUAUCCAGGUCAUGUUAUGCCAGCUUGACACACAAAGGAUCUGACCUACAGCAUCAGAAUGCAGAUGUAGCCAAGACAUGAAGAAUUAAAUAGUACUUAAAUAGUCUAGUUAGAAAGCACCUGAAUGUGUUAAUAAAGACAAAGUAAAUAAAACUUGACACGGAAUUCUGUCCCAAUCACUUUUUUAAUUCAAAAUUUAAGAAAAAAAAGAAAAUACAUGAAAAUUCAUCAGAUACACAUUAAGCAAUGUCAUGUAAAAAGUAUACCAUUUGAACUAGAAGUGAGGAGAAAAUAAAAAUAAAGCGAGGAUGCCUCAGAUACAUAAUUUACGAGAAGACGAGUACCAGCCGAGCUGUUUCACCAAAUCAGUUUCUAUCAAUCAGUUCAAUAACACAGAGAUAAGAGUUAUUUGCAAAAAAGAAAAAUUCAAAGCAUUAUUGAUUGAAGAUAUCUCAGUACAGUAGAACAAGGCCCCUUUACUUUUUAGUUUACUUUUCUUUUUUUAAAUCCGGAAUGCCAAGCAAAAUAACAGUGCCUGGAAAAUGAUGUAUAUAAAACCUCAAGCUCAUUAUUGCAAUUAAAAUGCAUCAAUGCAUCUUCUCUAAACCUGAGGUUUUGUAUUCUGAGGAAAUACAACAAAAAUUAAUGAUAUUUGGGGGAGAAAAAAAAAACUGAGUCAAUCGAUCUUCAGGUUUGCAAAGAACGGUCAUUGCAAGAAGCGCUAUAUCUACUGUAAACGUUUCUCUUUAAAA